UAACAGGUGACUUUGGGUUUUGCUGGUUUGAAGAAGCGAGAAAUUUCCAUGGAUUCUCCCACUCAAAACAGCUCCUUGCAGCGGCUUCAAAAUGUGGAGAAGAGAAUAAUUAGGGUUUUGGAGCUGGCUGGGGGUGUCAUGGAUGAACUCGCGAACCCAACGGGUCCCAGGAAAGAAUUUAUCAACAAUCAUUGCCGUGAAUUCAUGAAGAUGAUCAAGGACAUCCAAGUGACAUUGAGGGAUGAAAUCAAGAGUGCCUGCGAGUAUCGCCCAUUUGAGAAGUGUGAUUAUAGUUCGAGAAUAUCGAAUGAGAUCUGUUUAAAGAAACUCAAAUACGUGAUCUCCCAGUUGGAUGCGAUGAAACAAACCAUCAAUGAAUAUCAAACUACCAUUUAAAAGAUGCAAUGCUAGGAGUUAGAUAGACUGCUUACUUGCUAGGUGUCUUAGUGAACAGCAUGGUAAAGCUGACCUGUGGUGUAUGCAAUUAUGAAUCCUCAAAAUGCAUUA